AUGAGGAUCCUUAUUUCGUUGCUGUAUGGCCUAGCCGUAUCUCGGCUUGUAGCUAGCACGCCUGCAGAUAUCCCUCACGUCUUCCAAUCGUCCCCAUUCACCCGUCAGCACCUCAGCUCCGCCCUAGUCCAACGUGAGCUGGGAAGCGUCGUCUCUUCUAAAACCACCAUCUUCGGCCCUGAUGAUGAACGUUACAAGAAUGCCACCGAACCGUGGAACACCGUCGCCAGCCCGCGUAUUCAGGUCGUCAUCCAGCCGGACGAAGAGGUUGAUGUGUCUACCAUUGUCCAAUACUGCAACGACAACAGCCUCCCCUUCCUCGCCCGCAACCGCGCACACGGCGGCGCCUCCACGCUAAACUCCUUCAACGGCGUGCAAAUCGACCUCUCGCCCUUCUCAAACAUCUCCAUAACUCCCAGCGGCAAAUCAGCCUGGUUCGGCGGCGGCGUGUACGACGGACAAGCUGUGGCAUACCUCUGGGAAAGGGGGUACGUCACGCCAACAGGCGCCUGCGACUGCGUGUCUAUGAUGGGUCCAGGACUGGGCGGCGGGCACGGCCGACUCGAGGGUCUCUACGGGAUGAUCAGCGACAACAUCCUGCAGCUGAACGUUGUGUUGGGCAACGGGACGGCAAUCACCGUGAAUUCCACCUCGCAUGCGGAUCUCUUCUGGGCCAUGAAAGGUGCGGGCCAUAACUUUGGGAUCGUGACCAGCUUCGAGAGUAAAAUCUAUCCUCGCGGGCCGGAGACGUGGCAUUACCAUAACUAUGUCUGGGGCGGCGAGAAGCUCGAGGUUCUGUUUGAGGCGCUGAAUGCGUUGCAUGGGAAUGGGUCGACGCCUGUGGAUAUGGCGCAGAACUGGGGCAGUUUCUUCAUGAACUCUACACUGGACGCACACAAUCCGUUAAUACAGUGGUCCUUUGCGUACCGCGGCUCCGUAGAGCAGGCGGCGCCUCUCCUAGCCCCUUUCAACGCGAUCCCCUCUUUGUCUGAUGAGUUCGGCGACCUGCCUUACCCGGGUAUCGCGGCAACCCAGGGCCUCGACACGGAUAGCAUUGUUUGUCAGCACGGUAACAGAAUCAUCUCUGCUACCGCUGGACUGCAGGUCUACAACGUCACUGCGGAGCGGCAGAUAUUCGAAUCCUUCCGGCGUCGGAUCCAGAGUCAUCCGCAACUUGCAGCCGGCGGCGUCAUCGAGCAUGACGGGUAUAGCACUGCCGCGGUAACCGCUUACGAUUCCGCGGACUCGGCGUACCCGUUUCGAUCGGAUCAUCACCUCAUGCUUAUCAAUAUCGCUCUUGCGCCAAAUAACACAGAUUCUGAGCUGGAGAGGAAUGCGUGGGAGUGGGCUGCUGAGGUGAGGGAUUUGUGGAACGCAGGCCAGCCGGGGAGAAAGGCUCAUGCGUACGUCAACUACGCGAAUGGAAUGGAGUCCUUGGAGGAGAAGUACGGGCAUGAGAUUUGGAGAUUGAAGAGGUUGAGGGCGUUGAAGGAGAGGUAUGAUCCGGACAACAGGUUCCGGUUCUAUAAUCCGAUUGUGCAGCCGUAA